AUGCCUUCUAUCAAUGACACCCAGUUCCAUCCUCCUUUCUUUCUCCUGCUAGGAAUACCAGGGCUGGAGACUGUACAUAUCUGGAUUGCUUUCCCAUUCUGUGUUGUAUAUCUGAUUGCCCUUGUGGGGAACAUCACUGUUCUCUAUGUGAUCAAGACUGAACACAGUCUCCACCAGCCCAUGUUCUACUUUCUGGCCAUGUUGUCCAUGAUUGACCUGGGUCUGUCCACCUCCACCAUCCCCAAAAUGCUGGGCAUCUUCUGGUUCAACCUCCAAGAGAUCAGCUUUGGAGGCUGCCUUGCUCAGAUGUUCUUUAUCCACAUGUUCACAGGAAUGGAGACUGUUCUACUGGUGGCCAUGGCUUAUGACCGCUAUGUUGCCAUCUGCAACCCCCUCCAGUACACCAGCAUCCUCACCAGUAAAACCAUCGGCAUUUUGGCCUCUGUUGUUGUGGGCAGAAAUUCACUUCUUGUGACUCCAUUUGUGUUUCUCAUUCUGAGGCUGCCCUUCUGUGGGCACCACAUUGUUCCCCAUACAUACUGUGAGCACAUGGGUCUUGCCCGAUUGGCCUGUGCACCCAUCAAGAUCAAUGUUAUCUAUGGGCUCAUGGUGAUUUCUAAUAUUAUUGUAGACGUGAUUCUGAUUGCCUCCUCCUAUGUACUGAUCCUUCAGGCUGUUUUCCACCUCCCCUGUCAGGAUGCCCGGCUGAAGGCUCUCAAUACCUGUGGGUCUCACGUCUGUGUCAUGUUGUGCUUUUAUACACCGGCAUUUUUUUCUUUUAUGACACACCGCUUUGGCCGUAAUAUUCCCCACUACAUCCACAUUCUUUUGGCUAAUUUAUAUGUGGUUGUCCCACCUGCCCUUAACCCAGUCAUCUAUGGAGUCAGGACAAAGCAAAUCCGAGAGCGGGUUGUAAAAAUAUUUGUACAGAAAUAA